AUGAUCGGCCUCCUCCAUCUCCCGCCCGAGCUGCAUGCCCUCAUCGUCCAGCAUCUGCUGGUCACAGAUGUCCUAGGGCUGAAGCUGACCUGUGCCUACUUUUACACUCUCAUUCCGGCUCCGUCACACGCGGAAUUGCUGCAGGCCGAGUCGACCGACUGGGCACGCCACCGCGAUGUCUUCACCUGUCGCUACUGUUUGCGACUGCGGCCAGCCGGUCAAUUUGCCGAUCGUAUGCUGCAGCGAAGACGAGGCCGAGCCGGGCGCAACAGCAGCAAACGCUUCUGUAUCGAGUGCGGCUUGAAGCCUCGCGAGGGCACCGCGCGGUAUGGCCCAGGGGCCCAGGUGACCAUCCAUGGGGCCUUUUUUGUCUUAUGCCUUUCCUGUCGACAGUUUCGACCAGGAGCACAGGAUCGCUUCGGUCGGAAUACCUUGGAAUGCCUGGCAUGCUGGGGCCAACGUGACUCGCGUCGACGUGGGGAAGGUGGUCAAGAAUUAUGA